AUGCAGCAGCUCGGCGCCCCGGGGCGCUUCGACGACGAGAAGCUCCGCUCGACCUUGUCGACGCUCGUGACGGGCCCGGCACUGACGUUCGACGGCCACCGACUCCGCUACCCGUUUACGCUUCGCCCGACCGUGUGGCGCCACGUCCUUGCCGUCGCCACCAAGUGGCAAUCGGACGUGCUCGAACUAUACAUCUUGACGUCCGUGACGCUUCUGGACGUUCAUCAAGCCGGGCUUCUCGGUGGCGCUAGCGCCGGUCGCAUGUUCCGACCGUCCUUGCACUGA